UAAAAAUAUCAAUUCCUUACCUGCUACCCAUUUAUGAAAUCCUAAACUCUAAAAGGUCUAUUCCGGUUAUUUCCUCUCUUUUCCCUCAUGCCUCUCUCGACUCUGGCUGCAGCUCAAGCUUCUUUUCUCUUUCAUUUUCUCUCACUAUCUCGAGAGUCAAGCUCCAAUACACUUGAACCUUUUUCCUUAUAAUUUCCAGAUUCCACGAUGUCCAACAAACUAGAAGACAAAGUGGCCGUAAUCACUGGCGGAGCAAGCGGCAUUGGCGAAGCCACCGCCCAUCAUUUCGCUGUUCACGGUGCUCGUAUUAUCGUGAUUGCUGACAUCCAAGAUGAACUAGGUCAAAAAGUAGCCACAUCAAUUGGUUCCCACAAGUGCGCCUACAUGCACUGUGAUGUUACAGAUGAAGAACAAGUAAAAAAUUUAGUUCAUUGGACGAUCCAAAAAUAUGGGCAGCUUGACAUCAUGUUCAGCAAUGUUGGGAUAAUUAGCAGCUCAACUCAAACCAUCCUUGACCUUGAUCUUACAGCUUUCGACCGCCUUUUUUCUGUCAACGUGCGUGGUAUGGCUGCGUGCGUCAAACAUGCGGCUCGUGCCAUGGUGGAGAGGGGGCUGAGAGGGAGCAUCGUGUGCACCGCGAGCACGUGUGCGAGCUGUGGUGGCAAAAACGACAUUGAUUAUUACAUGUCAAAGCAUGCAGUGCUUGGUUUGGUAAGAUCAGCAAGCAAGCAGCUUGGGGUGCAUGGGAUUAGGGUGAACAGUGUGUCACCUUAUGCGGUGGCGACGCCGGCUUUGUGUCGUAAAUGGGGAAAGGAGGCAGAGGAAGCUGAGAAGGUGUUUGAGACCAACACUAUCUUGAAAGGGAGGGUGCUGAAAGUGAAGCAUGUUGCUGAUGCUGUGGUAUUUCUAGCGUCUAAGGAUUCUGAGCUUGUUACUGGGCAUGACUUGGUGGUGGAUGCUGGGUUUCUUGGCAAAUAAACAUCAAAUGUUUCAGCGUAGCGGGCUCAGGCCUGGCUGAGAUAACGCUAGCCACUUGGUGUCUAGUUUAGUUGGGGAGGCCCUAGGUAACCCGGCGUCAGACAUGUAAUAAUAGGAUAAAGAUACGGUUGGACGCGGCAAUAAAAGUAUUAAUACUUUUUAUUAAUGUAUAAUAAAAUA